AUGGCGUCCGACUUGACGACCCCGAUUUUGGACGCCCUGUUCGCGUCCGAUGCGCCCAUCCUCUCUCACGAAGCCUUCCCCUCCCACCCCUCAUUGAACGUCAAAAGUGCGCUGGACCGCCUGUUAUCCCGGUCGAUGGUCGAGUAUGAGACCAAGGAGAAGGAUAUUGUUACUCUCACCCCUGAGGGCGAAAGUAUUGCUGCCAAUGGCUCUCACGAGGCCAGAGUCUUCGAUGCUGUGGUCAAGGCCUUGGACGGUCUGAAGAUCACCGACUUACCCGGAAUUGUGGGCAAGGACAACGCCAAGGUUGGCCAGGGUAAUGCCUUCAAGCGCGGCUGGAUCAAGAAGGAUAACGACUUGCUGCGUGCGACAAAGGAGUCAAUUGUCGAUGAGACCCGCGAGCAGCUGCUCGCCAUUCAGAAGACCAAAUCUUGCGACGACUCCAAGGUACUUGCCGAUCUCAAGCGCAGGAAGUUGGUUACCCUAUCCAAGGAAUUCUCUUUCGUUAUCACCAAGGGUCCCAAGUAUGCCCGCGAGAUCGCCAAGGAGGAGACAGAUCUCACCGCUGAGAUGCUCGCCAGCGGCUCCUGGAAGAACACCCAGUUCAAGCCCUACAACUUCAACGCCAAGGGUGCUCCUACGCCUGCCGGCGCUCUACACCCCCUGAACAGGGUGCGGGCGGAGUUCCGAAACAUCUUCUUCGAGAUGGGUUUCGAGGAAAUGCCCACCAACCGCUUCGUGGAGACUGGUUUCUGGAACUUCGAUGCCCUCUUCGUACCCCAGCAACACCCUGCCCGUGACCUUCAAGAUACCUUCUACAUCGCCGAUCCUCUCAAGGCCGUUAUGCCCACUGCCUCUGAUGCGACCAAGGCCCAGGCUCUCGACUACAAGCAAUACUGGGACAACGUCCACGAGGUCCACGAGAAAGGCAAAUUUGGCUCCAUUGGAUACCGCUACCCCUGGAACCCUGAUGAGUCCCUGCGCCUGGUUCUCCGCACGCACACGACCUCCAUCUCGGCGUACAUGCUGCACAAGCUCGCGGCUAACCCGCGGCCGGCCCGCUUCUUCAGUAUUGACCGUGUCUUCCGUAACGAGGCCGUCGAUGCUACUCACUUGGCUGAGUUCCACCAGAUUGAGGGUGUCAUUGCCGACUUCGGCUUGACCCUGGGUGGUCUGAUUGGCUUUAUGGAGGUCUUCUUUGCCAAGAUGGGCAUUCACCAGCUCCGCUUCAAGCCUGCUUACAACCCCUACACCGAGCCUAGUAUGGAGAUCUUUGGCUACCACGAGGGUUUGGGCAAAUGGGUCGAGAUUGGUAACAGUGGUAUGUUCCGGCCUGAGAUGCUGGAGUCCAUGGGUAUCCCCAAGGACAUGCGAGUCUACGGCUGGGGUCUGAGUCUGGAGCGUCCUACUAUGAUCAAAUACGCCGUCAGCAACAUCCGUGAGCUCCUCGGCCACAAAGUCGACCUGAACUUCAUCGAGAGCAACCCGGCCGUGCGUCUGGAAAAGGAAUAA